UGCAUCAGAAUUAAGUUAAAGCGAGGAGUUUUUAAAACAUAACAUUGAAGUUGACACAACUCAGAAGUCAUUCUACUGCUUCUAGAGCCUUACAUCACUCAACCAAACUAGAACCAUGACACUACUGGAUAUGAACUGCUGGCUUCUGGAGUAACAGUGAAUGAUGAAGUUAUAAAGGUUUUUAAUGACAUGAAAGUAAGGAAAUCUUCAACCCCAGAAGAGAUUAAAAAAAGAAAGAAAGCAGUUCUUUUCUGCUUAAGUGAUGACAAAAAACAGAUAAUUGUAGAGGAAACAAAGCAGAUAUUAGUUGGUGAUAUUGGCGAUACUGUGGAAGACCCCUACACAUCCUUUGUGAAGUUGUUACCUUUGAAUGAUUGCCGAUAUGCUUUGUAUGAUGCCACAUACGAGACAAAGGAGUCUAAGAAAGAAGACCUGGUAUUUAUAUUCUGGGCUCCAGAAAGUGCACCUUUAAAAAGCAAGAUGAUCUACGCAAGCUCUAAAGAUGCCAUUAAAAAGAAAUUUACAGGUAUUAAACAUGAGUGGCAAGUAAAUGGUUUGGAUGAUAUUAAGGACCGUUCAACACUUGGAGAGAAAUUGGGAGGCAAUGUGGUAGUUUCACUUGAAGGAAAACCCUUAUAGAAAGACAGACAAGUGCCAUCUGGAUCUAAGGAGCUUCCAUUUCUGCAGCUCGUUCAAUUGGAAUAGUAUAACUCCUCCUCCCCCCCUCCAUUCACCUUUCUACAGACCUGAAGGAGAUGUCAUUAAAUUAAACUGUCUACCAGUGAUUGCCAUUAGAUUCUUUAAUCCUGGUAGUUUUAUGUAAACCCCAAGGAAUGCCUUCAUGUCAUACUCGUAGCCAAAACUGACGUUGCAUGCAUUCCUUGCAACCUGUACAAUGAAUGUGAUAGUUGAUGUGAAUAGUCUAGCAAACAGCAAAGGGUAAGCUAAUUGAAUGCCUUGAAAGUAUUAUCCACUGGUCAGAUGGUAGACUCUAUUCAGUAUUACUUACAGUUGCACUUGAUUGCAGUUCCAUGAGGCUCUUGUGCAUUCAUACACCUCACCUGCCUUGACAAGCCUAUUUUUGUGACAUGGCAGCACACAACACUAUGCAUUUAAAGCACUUUUUUGUAAUAUGUUUGAUUUAUUUUCUCCCCCUCCCCCCCCAAGAAAUGCCAAUUAAGUUGCUGUAACUGUGUCAUCAAACAAUUGUAGUACCUCGGUUUUCAUUCCUGUUACAUGCAUAUCUUUAUAAAUGAAGUAGCUGUUCUGAUGCCUUCGUUUUCCAUUGAAUGUACACUACUGAACAGGAGUAGGAGUUAUGUUUACCAUGUGAGUCUUGCAACACUAAAGUUGUUUUGUUAAACAUCAGUCAUGAUGGCAGUUUCUGUAUAAAAAGAGCCUUAAAUGGAACACUGUUUUUGAGAUCAAAAAAAAAAAAAACCUGGCCACGUUGCAAUAAAACUUGUGGCUUAUUACA